GUAGAGUAGUUGCCUGGAGUGCACAAACUCUGACUGUAAUCUUAGGUAUCACUCCUGUCCACCUGUCCCCUCCAGAAAAAAGAAAAAAACCCAGAGGGACAUAGUAGGUGUCUGUGUGACGUGCAGUUGUGAGAGCAGUGUGUCAAGCUGGGCACACCUCUCCAGGAUCAGGCAGUGAUGAACACCUCCGGCUCACUGGGAUUGUGCUCUUCCAGGAAUCAUUCUCCUUUGAAGAUCUAUGUGUGGCCUUUAGCCAAAAAGAAUGGCUGUUACUGGGUCCCCAUCAGAAGGCCUUGUACAAGGAUGUCAUGCUGGAGAACUACCACGUCCUAGUGUCACUGGGCUAUGAAGUUAUGAAGCCAGACGUCAUCUUCAAGUUGGAGCAAGGCGAAGAGCCAUGGGUGGGAGAUGGAGACACUCCACGUUCAGACUCUGCAGAAGUCUGUCAAGUAGAUGGUCACAUGAAGUGGCACCAGGAUAACCAAGACAAGCUUAAAAAUGUGAAAAAAGGUCAUGAAUGGGAUGCAUUUGGAAAAAAUUUCAAUCCAAGUAUGAACGUUGUUCCUUUAAGUAAAUCAAAUGAUGAAGGUGACUUAGAUGGAUUGAUUUUAAGACAUCAUUUAGAUUUGCUUAUUCCAAGAGCAGAUUAUGGAAGAAUGGAAUCAGAUGACUUGAAUGUAUUUAAUAAAUUGUUUCUCAAUACUGAACCUGAGGAAACUGAUUCUUGGUUGAAAUACUAUGAAUGUGAUAAAUGUGGUAACAAUAGCUAUAAAAAGUCACAGAUUGUCAUUUUCCACAGAACUCGGUUAGGAGAGAAACUCUAUGAAUGCAGUGAAUGUAGGAGACGCUUCAAUAAAAAAUCCAGUCUCAUUAAACAUCAGAGCAGACACAUAAGGGAGAUAGCCUAUGGCUGUGGUAAAUGUGGCAAAACCUUUCCCCAGAAGGCACAGUUUGUUACACAUCACAGAAUUCAUACUGGAGAAAAACCUUAUGAUUGUAGCCAGUGUGGGAAAGCUUUCUCCCAAAAGUCACAGCUUACGUCCCAUCAGAGGACACAUACAGGAGAGAAGCCAUAUGAGUGUGGCAAAUGCGGGAAAGCUUUCUCCCGGAAGUCACAUCUCAUAUCUCAUUGGAGGACACACACAGGAGAGAAGCCCUACGGAUGCAGCGAAUGUGGGAGGGCUUUCAGUGAGAAGUCAAAUCUUAUCAAUCACCAGAGGAUUCAUACAGGAGAGAAGCCCUUUGGAUGCCGGGAGUGUGGGAGAGCCUUCAGCAGGAAGUCGCAGCUGGUCACCCAUCACAGGACUCACACAGGAACAAAACCCUAUGGGUGUGCUGAUUGUAGGAAAGCAUUUUUUGAGAAAUCAGAACUCAUCAGACAUCAGACUGUUCACACUGGAGAGAAACCCUAUGAGUGCAGUGAAUGUAGGAAAGCCUUUAGAGAGAGGUCAAGCCUCAUUAAUCAUCAGAGAACCCAUACAGGAGAGAAGCCGCAUGGAUGCAUUCAGUGUGGGAAGGCCUUCUCCCAGAAGUCACACCUCAUAUCACACCAGAUGACACACACAGGAGAGAAACCUUUUGCCUGCAGUAAAUGUGGGAAAGCCUUCAGCAGGAAAUCCCAGCUUGUUAGACACCAGAGGACUCAUACUGGAGAAAAACCCUAUGAGUGCAGUGAAUGUGGAAAAGCCUUCAGUGAAAAGUUAAGCCUCACUAAUCAUCAGAGAAUUCAUACAGGAGAAAAGCCGUAUGUGUGCAGUGACUGUGGGAAAGCCUUCUGUCAGAAGUCUCAUCUCAUUUCACAUCAGAGGACACACACAGGAGAGAAACCCUAUGAGUGCACAGAAUGUGGUAAAGCCUUUGGUGAGAAGUCCAGUCUUGCAACUCAUCAGAGAACUCACACAGGAGAGAAGCCAUAUGAAUGUAGGGACUGUGAAAAGGCCUUCUCCCAGAAGUCACAGCUAAAUACUCAUCAGAGAAUCCACACAGGAGAGAAACCCUACAAGUGCAGUCUUUGUACAAGAGCAUUCUUUGAGAAAUCAGAAUUAAUUAGACAUCAGAGAACUCAUACAGGAGAAAAACCUUAUGAGUGCAGUGAAUGCAGAAAAGCCUUCAGGGAGAAGUCAAGUCUCAUUAAUCACCAGAGAAUCCAUACAGGAGAGAAACCCUUUGAAUGCAGGGAAUGUGGCAAAGCCUUCUCUCGGAAGUCACACCUUAUCCCACAUAAGAGGACACACACAGGCGAGAAGCCCUAUGGAUGUGGUGAAUGUAGGAAAGCCUUCUCUCAGAAGUCACAGCUUGUUAAUCAUCAGCGAAUCCACACAGGAGAGAAGCCUUACCAAUGCAAUGAGUGUGGGAAAGCCUUCCCACAGAAGUCCCAGCUCAUUAAUCAUCAGAGAACUCACACAAUAAGGAUGGCCUAGGUUAUCUGUGCAGUAGAAAGGCCCUAUGGAUGCCGCGAGUGUGGGAAGACAUUCAGUCGGCGGUUUUCCCUCGUGUUACAUCAGAGAACUCACACUGGAGAGAAACCGUAUGUGUGUAAGGAAUGUGGCAAAACCUUUAGCCAGAUUUCAAACCUGGUGAAACAUCAGAUGAUACACACAGGGAAGAAACCCCACGAGUGUAAGGACUGCAAUAAAACCUUUAGUUACCUUUCCUUCCUCGUUGAGCACCAGAGAACACAUACUGGGGAGAAACCCUACGAAUGUACUGAGUGUGGAAAGGCCUUCAGCCGUGCUUCCAAUCUCACCCGACAUCAGAGGAUUCACAUAGGGAAGAAGCAGUAUGUUUGUAGGAAAUGUGGGAGAGCCUUCAGCAGUGGCUCUGAACUUAUUCGCCAUCAGGUGACACACACUGCAGAGAAGCCUUACGAGUGCACUGAGUGUGGGAAGGCGUUCCGGCGCUCCUCACACCUCACUCGACAUCACAGCAUCCACACGACCAAGACCCCCUUCGAGUGCCCUGAGUGUCAGAAGGCAUUCCGUUGCCACUCGUUCCUCACGAAACACCAGAGAGUCCACGCUGGAGAAAAGCUCUACGAAUGUGACGAAUGUGGAAAAGUCUUCACUUGGCAUGCGUCUCUCACGCAGCACACGAAGACCCACACUGGAGAGAAGCCCUACACCUGUGCUGAGUGCAACAAAGCCUUCAGCAGGAGCUUCUCCCUUAUUCUGCACCAGGUGACUCACACUGGAGAGAAGCCUUAUGUUUGCAAAGUGUGCAACAAAUCCUUCAGCUGGAGUUCAAACCUUGCUAAGCACCAGAGAACACACUCACUGGACAACCCCUAUGUUUAUGAAAAGUCAUUUAAUUACCACUCUUUUCUUGCUGAACACACUAUAAAGAAAACCUAAGAACAAAUUCAUCAGUAAACAGCAAAAGGUAAUGCCUCACUUUCCCUUCAGACAACUCUCAGAAGGAAGCCUUGUGUAAAUGUAAAGAUGUGAUCCACACCUUAUU